CGGACAAUAUUCAGGUCCGCGCAUGACGCAGUUGAAAUGCACUGGGAAAUGUUGUUGUUUACUAGCUAGCUAGUCGCUAGCCGUGCAGACUGUAUUUGACGGAGGAUGUCUGAGACAACGGCUCACAUAUGGCCAGAGUUGCAGGCUGCUUUGCCUGGCACCGAGGCAGAGUUUCCACUGCAGUUCAGUGAGAAGGUGGAGCCCAGUGUGGUGUCUGUGCUGAAUCUGUCACGGCGGCAGCUGUACAGCGGCGCGGAGCCCUCCCUGCUCACCCAGAACGCCCAGGUCGUCCUGGACUUUGCCUGGGAGAAGCUCAACACGGGCACCUGGCGGGACGUGGACAAGGAGUGGAGACGCGUGUACUCCUACGGCUGCCUGUUCAGAGUCGCCAGCCUUUGCCAGGGAGAAGCCUCUGAAGCCACCCUGCGGGAGGCCAUUAGGUCAUGUGAUAUGGGACUGCUUAUGGGAGCGGCCAUCUUGGAUAACGUACUGCAGACUGUGGUGGGAAUCUUGCAAAGCAGACUGAGGAAGAGGCACUCAGAAGAGGAGAAUUCCAAUGAAGGGCCAGAUAUGAAGAGAUUACGGACGGUGUGUGCCUCCGUGUCUGAGGUCCGUGUAGAAACGGCAGUCCCCAGGAUGCAGUGUCCUUCCCUGGAGGGCUUCAGAUCAGACUACCUCACUCCACACAAACCUGUCAUACUACAGGGCGUCAUAGACCACUGGCCUGCCUGCAAGGACCGUCGCUGGAGCAUAGACUAUCUGAGGAGAGCAGCUGGUUGCCGGACCGUUCCUGUCGAACUGGGCUCCCGGUACACUGAUGAAGAAUGGUCACAGUCGCUCAUCACGGUCAAUGAGUUUAUAGACCGUUAUAUCACUGGAACAGAGGGUGGUCCUGUGGGAUACCUGGCUCAGCAUCAGCUCUUUGAUCAGAUUCCAGAACUGAAAGAAGACAUCCGCAUCCCUGACUACUGUUGCCUUGGCGAGGGAGAGGAAGAUGACAUCACCAUCAAUGCUUGGUUUGGGCCUGCAGGGACGGUGUCUCCCCUUCACCAGGACCCCCAGCAUAACUUCCUGGCCCAGGUGGUCGGCAGGAAGUACAUUCGGCUCUACUCCCCAGAGGACAGCGACAAGCUCUACCCACACCAGUCUCACCUGCUCCACAACACCAGCCAGGUACAUCAGGCACUUCCUGUUUCUGACCCCAUCUACUGGGACUACAACACCAGCCAGGAAUAUCAGGCACUUCCUGUUUCUGACCCCAUCUACUGGGACUACAACACCAGCCAGGUGGACGUGGAGUGUCCCGACGCGGCGCGCUUCCCGGACUUCUCGAAGGCCCCCUAUCAGGAGUGUGUCCUGCAGCCCGGAGAGGUCCUGUUCAUCCCAGUACAACACUGGCACUACGUCCGCGCCCUGGACCUCAGCUUCUCCGUCAGCUUCUGGUGGUCGUGACCCAGCGACCGGCAAACAAAUCCAGCUCUCCCGUCAAACCACUUACUGUUGCACCUUAUUUUUAGGACCUGAUGUACAGCAGGGACCAAAAGCCUGAGGACAUGACCAAGUCCUGGUCGUCUUUAUUUAUCAAGGAAUAAUGCAAUGAUGAUACUCCAGGUACCCUUCUUAUUCAAGAAUACAUUACAACAGCUACAAACCUACAUUUUGAUGCGUUUCCAAAGCGCUCGUGUGAAAUGCGGAACUGUGAAUAUCUGGUUUGUCCACCAAAUGGUAAGCAUAUCCGUUGCUUAUCACAACCUUUAUUCCAUCAAAUAUUUACAAAUGUGUGUUCCUAAAACUGAAUAUGAAAAUGUGUGGGAUAGUCUAUUCCUUGCAUGAAUUUGCCAUUUUACCCAUUUAAUAUCGCUAUUGCUAGUGCUCAAAUUAUGCUGUAAAUACCUACAUACAUUUUAACUUGUAUUAAUAAGGUAUUCUUGAACUACAAGCAUAAACAGUGUCAUUUGUAUUGGAUCUUGAUAAUGAAAACAAUCCAUCCAUAGUGUCUUCAGACUUUUGACCCCCACUGUACUUUACGUUAAGAUACUGGGGUACGUGUAUUUAUAUCUAUGUUUAUAUACACUCUAAAUACAGCACUUUAUUAGGAACAUUUUUACUUUAUUCAUUCAUUUAUUCAUGCGAUUAUCUAAUCAGCCAAUUGUGUGGCAGCACUGCAAUGCAUACAAUCACGUACCUACGGGUCAGGAGCUUCAGUUAAUGUUUACAUCAACCAUCAGAAUGGAGAAAAAAUUUGACCAUGGAAUGAUUGUUAGUGGCAGAUAGGGUGGUUUGAGUAUCGCAGAAACUACUGAUCCCCUGGGAUUUUCACACAGACUAGUCUCAAAGAGUUUGCAAAGAACGGUGCAAAAAACAAAAACAAAAAUCCAGUGAGCAGCAGUUCUGCAGACAGAAACGCUUUGCUAAUGAGACAUCAGAGGAGAAUGGCCAGACUGGUCAAAGCUGACAGUAACGCAAAUACCCACACAUUAUAGCAGUGGUAUGCAGAAGAGCAUCUCUGAACACACAUAACUCUUAAGUGGAUAGGCUACAGCAGUAGAAGUCCACUAAAUACCUAAUAGAGUGCUUAUUGAGUGUAUAUAGCUAUAGUCUGGCUUUGUACGUAGACAGUUGAUUUCAGUUCUUUCAUACCAAAGUGGUGUUGAAAGAGUGGGGAAACUGACCCCAGCCAAAAGGGAAGGGAUUUACAAUGGUCUUGUAACAAUAUUUUAACACAAAAAUCUUACCUAUUGUGCCUUUAAGCUGUGCCAGCAGGAAUUAAAUUAUACAGUGUAAUAAACUUCAGGUGCACCCA